GGGAGAACCGCAAGGAGGCGCAGUGAUCUGAUACACCGGUGUAAAUAUAGCAACGGCAGUUGGAAAAAAAAAAACGUGAUGUUAGCGGAAGUAGGCCAUAGCGGGAGUGGUCAGUAAACAUGAGAAUAUGUGCCGACCUUAGACCUACAAGAUGUCAACAGGAAAUGUAUGGUGGCAUUAUAGAUGAUUCCUGCCAGACACCCAUGAAGCAAUUACAAAAUUAUAAAGGUCUUAUCAGAAGCAGGAAACAGCAUGAGGCCUGCACACGAGAGGAGUCAAGAAUGUCUUCCUCCAAAGAAGAGAGAGUUGGCACAAAACAGUGUGAGCAUGGAAGAACAGUCAAGGAUAGAGAGUGCUCCUGCUAAUGACAUUCCAGUCAGUGAAACUCCAAGCUGGUCCAAUGGGGUGCUGCUAGCAGCAGGUCAGGGAGUGAGGUAUGAAGUGUCUGGCAAUGGGACAGAGACAGUCACAGUUGAUCAGUAUGGAAAUCUCUACAAAGUUGCAGUACCUUCUGUAACUUACUCUCCAACUGGUGUGCACUCUGUGGUGAACAUGACAUCUAUUCCUCCAUCUUUCAGUGUAGCACCUUCUCUAAUACAGCACUCUGGUGUCACUUACCCACCUAUUCAUUAUCCCAUAUCCCAUACGCCUGUACAGUUAAUUGGAUCUCCAUACACGGUUCCAUAUGCUGUUUCCCCUGGUUUCCUUCCAUUAUCUUCCUCUGCAACCUUUUCCGCUUCUCAGGUUCCCCAUUAUGUGCCAUAUAAUUCCAUCCUUACAGAAGGUGUCACACCACCUCCACAAGAUUCAGCUUCUCAGUCCUUCAGCAAAGUCCCUACAGCUCAGUCCCCACCUGUUCUCAUGGGAGUGUUGCCUUUGGAUGUCACAAAAGGAAGAGUGCCUGUAUUUUUUCAACAUUCUACUCAGCUGCCAGCAGUGUAUCCGGUGCAUGAAAUGCUUAUGACUUGCCCCCCUAACAUGGAUGUUCGCAGUACUUCCAAUAAUGACAAAGACUCAGAAAUAACCAUAACAUCUACCAAUAUGUCUCAGAGACCAUCAGGUUGUGCUUCUGAUCAGAAAUCUAAUCAGGCCAGGUCUGCAUAUAUUCAUGACACAGAAGGACAGAUUGUAAGGGGGACAGGUGAAAAACUGUUAGAGUGUGAUGUAUAUUCUGUACCAGGACAGAGGUCAAAUACCUCUCUGAUAAGCCACAGAAGCUCUCCAGAUACUGAUUUAGAAGUACAGAGUGUGGUUGGGGGGCUAGCUUCACAAGAUUUUUCUGCAGCAUUCAUACAAAAAAAAGAUAUGCAGAACCCAUUAAAGCUAUCUCAUGAUUCAAAUGAACUACUGGGGCAACCAAGAGGUGUCUUUGUCCAAGAAAACGUAGUGGGCUCAAUAUUAGAGAGAACUAGAAAGCCAAGUAAUAACUUCUCAGAUCAGCAUAUUGUCAAAUACACAGAUAAAACCCCUGUUAUAGCUAAUGGUGAGGCAAUGGAAGCUGGAAUCUAUGCAGAACAAAGCAGGUUUUCCUCAGCCAUAGAGCAUGCCUCUAAAACUCAAAGGUCAAGAUCUCCACGUCACAAAAUUGACACCUGUUCAGAGACAGCCCCCCCACAAGCAGGUGCACGGCCAACACAUUCCACAUCUUUACCUUCACACUUCAUGAAAGGGGCUAUUAUUCAGCUAGCCACUGGGGAACUGAAGAGAGUUGAAGAUCUACAAACCCAGGACUUUGUGCGCAGCGCAGAGGUUAGUGGUGGCUUGAAGAUUGAUUCUAGUACAGUUGUGGACAUCCAAGAGAGUCAAUGGCCAGGAUUUGUGACCCUUCAUUUUGUAGUGGGAGAGCAACAGAGUAAAGUCUGUCUUGAUGUCCCUCCUGAGCAUCCUUUUUUUGUUUAUGGGCAAGGCUGGUCCUCCUGUAGUCCCAGACAGACAGCUCAGUUAUUUGCGCUUCCAUGUCAUAGACUUCAGGUUGGAGAUGUCUGUAUAUCAGUCAGCUUACAGAACAUAAGCAAAAGUGAUGUGUCUGCAGAAAGCUGCCCUGUCACAACUCCAAUCCUGCCUCAGCGAACUGGCAAAGCAGCUUUCCUUUCUCAUGAGCUAUCUUUUUUGGCAGCGCAAGAUGAUGAAAAGCAGAAUCAGCAAAAAACAGAUGGCACAACAACUUCUCACUCUCAGACAUUGUGUUCUCUUCCCACUGUUCAGUCAAAUUCUAGUCCAAGAGUCCAAAAAUAUAGCUUGCAGGGUACAGAUGCUUGGCCCUUCCCUGCUCGUCAUUCUUUCAUUCCACAAGAGGUAAAGUUGUCCAUAGAAGGGCGGUCAAAUGCAGGGAAGUAAAUGAGUCUUUUGUAACAUAAGCAGCUAAUUUGCACAAUUAAAGUACAGGGAUGACUGAUGAA